CGAGUUGAUGCAGCCCAGUGCAUUGUGUAAGACGCGACCUGUUAUGGCCACCACUACUUCCGGGUUCCAGCAUUCUGGUCCAAAUCCACCUCUCCGCCUGUGCAACACACACUUUACACACGCACGGGGGACUUGCAGCAGGCAGCAUCGAUCGUGGCUCCUUUAAGACAAACUCAGACAGACAUUUUUAACCCUCUUCCUCUAGCCUCUCCCGCUGCAAAGGGGGAAAGGGAGCGCGCGAGCGAGAUCUGGUUAGGAAUUAGGACUGAUUCAAGAGCAAGCCAGCGCUUAGACCUCCGUGCAUUUGAAUAUUAACAUUUGAGGUGUCCAGAGCACUGGAAGUACACACAGCGGAUCAUCAUCAUUCAUUCACCACCUUGACAACCUCGCCUUUGAUUGACAGCUGGAGUGGCAAAAAGCCAUGAGACUUGGUAGUUGGGUUUGAGGGGCACUUUUUUUUUUAACCAAAAAAAAAAAACUGAUUUGGGGAAAGGAUAUUUGCUUUCUCCCCGCUGCUGUCUUGGAAACGAAAGAGGGAGAGUGAGAGAAAGAAAGAAAGAGAAGGAGCGCGAGUCUCUCUCUUUUUUUUUAAUGCUGAAUUAUUGUAUCGUUGCUUUGAGAUCCAGUAAGCUGAAGAUUUUCCUCGAUUGCUCAUAUUGCUGGCGACUCUAAGGGAUUUUUGCAUUUUGGGGGGUUUGGGGGAGAGUUUGCGUUUGUUUCUUUUCACACUGGCCUUAAAGAGGAUAUAUUAGAAGUUGAAGUAGGAAGGGAGCAAGCCAGGCCGAUGGCGCAAAGGUACGACGAUUUACCCCAUUACGGUGGGAUGGAUGGAGUAGGGAUCCCCACCACCAUGUAUGGGGAUCCUCACGCCGCCAGAUCCAUGCAGCCUGUUCACCAUCUGAAUCACGGUCCUCCGCUGCAUUCUCAUCAAUACCCGCAUACUGCUCACACCAACGCCAUGCCUCCCAGUAUGGGUUCCUCUGUCAAUGACGCUUUAAAGAGAGAUAAAGAUGCCAUUUAUGGACACCCCCUGUUCCCUCUUUUAGCACUGAUUUUUGAGAAAUGUGAAUUAGCUACAUGCACUCCCCGGGAGCCCGGGGUAGCGGGAGGCGAUGUUUGCUCCUCAGAGUCUUUCAAUGAAGACAUAGCAGUGUUCGCCAAACAGAUCCGAGCAGAAAAACCCCUAUUUUCCUCUAAUCCUGAACUGGAUAACUUGAUGAUUCAAGCCAUACAAGUAUUAAGGUUUCAUCUAUUGGAAUUAGAGAAGGUACACGAAUUAUGUGACAAUUUCUGCCACCGGUAUAUUAGCUGUUUGAAAGGAAAAAUGCCAAUCGAUUUGGUGAUAGACGAUAGAGAAGGCGGAUCAAAAUCAGACAGUGAAGACAUAACAAGAUCAGCAAAUCUAACAGAUCAGCCUUCCUGGAAUAGAGAUCAUGAUGACACAGCAUCCACGCGAUCUGGAGGAACACCAGGGCCCUCCAGUGGGGGGCAUACAUCACACAGUGGCGACAACAGCAGUGAACAAGGUGACGGCUUGGACAACAGUGUAGCUUCCCCCAGCACAGGUGAUGAUGAUGAUCCAGAUAAGGACAAAAAGCGACAUAAAAAGCGUGGCAUCUUUCCCAAAGUAGCCACAAAUAUCAUGAGGGCAUGGCUGUUCCAGCAUCUAACACACCCGUACCCUUCAGAAGAACAGAAAAAGCAGUUGGCACAAGACACAGGGCUCACUAUACUUCAGGUGAACAAUUGGUUUAUUAAUGCUAGAAGAAGAAUAGUUCAGCCCAUGAUAGACCAGUCCAAUCGAGCAGUUAGUCAAGGAACACCUUAUAACCCAGAUGGACAGCCAAUGGGAGGUUUUGUGAUGGAUGGUCAGCAACAUAUGGGAAUCAGAGCACCAGGGUUGCAAAAUAUGCCAGGGGAUUAUGUGUCUCGGGGUAGUCCAAUGGGUAUGAAUAUGGGACAGCCAAGUUAUACCCCUCCCCAGAUGCCCCCACAUCCUGCUCAGCUGCGUCAUGGGCCCCCCAUGCAUACCUACAUUCCUGGACACCCUCACCACCCAGCAAUGAUGAUGCAUGGAGGACCACCCCACCCUGGAAUGCCAAUGUCAGCAUCUAGCCCCACAAUGCUUAAUACAGGAGACCCAGCAAUGAGUGGACAAGUGAUGGACAUUCAUGCUCAGUAGCUUAAGGGAAUAUGCAUUGUCUACAACAAUGAUAGACUUCAAAUAUUGUCUUUCUGCAAUGACUAUGGAGUUCCAUUCUUGGCAUCUACUUUGGACCAAGGAACAAUCCUAUUCUUCCGAGGGACCCUGGAAAGCAGGAAACACCAUCUGAAGUCAACUUCUGGGGACACGCUAAAUAACGAUCUAAGACACGAAGAGAACAAAGAGUGAAAUAUUGUAAAAUGCUAUUAUACUGUUAUCCAUAUUACGUUGUUUCUUAUAGAUUUUUUUAAAAAAAUGUGAAAUUUUUCCACACUAUGUGUGUUGUUUCCAUAGCUCUUCACUUCCUCCAGAAGCCUCCUUAUGUUAAAAAGCCUUACAGUUAUCCUGCAAAUGACAGAAAGGGCUUAUUUGCAGGAUUUUUAGAACAUUAAAAUAACUAUGUCAGGCAGAAGAAUCUUUCUUCUAUCCUAGGAUUUCAGCCAUGCACACACACACACACACACACUCUAGCCUGGGGCGUGAAUUUGCAUGUCUAAUUCAUUUACUCACCAUAUUUGAAUUGGUCUGAACAGAUGUAAAUCGGGGAGGAUGGGAAAAACUGCAGUCAUCAACAAUGAUUAAUCAGCUGUUGCAGGCAGUGUCUUAAGGAGACUGGUAGGAGGAAGCAUGGAAACCAAAAGGCAGUGUAUUUGAAGCCUAAUUGUCACAUCAGAGCAUCAUUGUCCCCAUUCAGCCACACUUAUACAUCACUUCCUGUUUUAUGCAGCUCAAAACAUGGAACUGAAGAUUUAUUUUUAAUAUGUUGACUUUAUUUCUGGGCAAAGCAUCAGUCAUGUGCAUUUUUCCAUAGUCCCAUCAUGGAGCGUUAAUGUAUACAUUGUAAAUAAAUUUUGUGCAAAAAGGACUGGAAAAAUGAACUGUAUUAUUGCAAUUUUUUGUAAAAGUAGCAGUUUGGUAUGAGUUGGCAUGCAUACAGAUUUACUAAGUGGGAUAAGCUAAUUAUACUUUUUGUUGUGGUUAAACAAAUGCUUGUUGAUAGCCUUUUUCUAUCAAGAAACCAAGGAGUUAAUUAUUAUUAAUAAUAAUCAAUGCACACUGAGUCUUAGAGUUUCUGAUUGAAACAGUUUGGAUUGUAUAAUAACUCAAAGCCCAGUUGUAGUAGUUUGAGUGCAGUAAUGAAAUCUGAAUCUAAAAUAAAAACAAAUUAUUUUUUGUCA